AUGACCAGCUUGAAGGAAAUCUGUCGUGGCCUUCCUCUAUACCCUUUGCCUGAAAACAGAGGUCGGAGGAAAGGAAUACCCCAUGCACCCGUGAGAACCCCUAAUCUCACUGCUCAGGAGAAAAAGCUGGCUUUGCGCAAUGCCCUGCGUUAUUUCCCACCUGAAAUACAAAAGAAGCUGGCACUGGAAUUUGCUGAAGAACUCAGGCUGUAUGGCCAUAUCUAUAUGUACAGAUUCUUUCCAGAUAUUGAGAUGAGAGCAUACCCCAUAGGAGACUACCCUUGCAAGACCAAAUCAGCUGCUGCCAUUAUGUUGAUGAUCAUGAAUAAUCUGGAUCCCUCAGUGGCUCAGUUUCCUCAGGAGCUUGUCACUUAUGGAGGAAAUGGGCAGGUCUUCAGCAACUGGGCGCAGUUCUGGUUGGUAAUGCACUAUUUGUCAGAGAUGACUGAAGAGCAAACACUAGUGAUGUACAGUGCUCCUCGAUUAAUCAUUACUAAUGGCAUGGUUAUUCCCAACUAUUCCACCAGAGAUGAAUAUGAGAAGAUGUUUGCUUUGGGAGUAACAAUGUAUGGUCAGAUGACUGCAGGGAGCUACUGCUACAUUGGGCCUCAGGGAAUAGUCCAUGGGACUGUGCUCACAGUGCUCAAUGCAGGCCGUCGCUACUUGAAGGCAGAAGACCUGUCUGGAAAGGUGUUUGUUACUUCUGGUCUUGGAGGGAUGAGUGGGGCUCAAGCAAAGGCUGCAGUCAUUGCUGGGUGUGUGGGGAUCAUUGCAGAGGUGGAUGAAGCAGCACUUUUGAAACGUCACAAGCAGGGAUGGCUGAUGGAAAUCUCUAAUGACCUGGACCAUUGCAUUGCUCGCCUUAGAGAUGCAAGAAAGAAUAAAAUUGCCCUUAGUUUGGGUUACCAUGGGAAUGUGGUAGAUCUGUGGGAGAGGCUAGUAUAUGAGCUGGACACAACAGGAGAGCUGUUAGUUGAUCUGGGCUCUGACCAAACUUCAUGUCACAACCCAUUCAGUGGGGGAUACUACCCGGUACAGCUUGGCUUCGAGGAAGCAAAGCAGCUCCUUUCCACCAAUCCAGGGAAGUUCCGGACCCUGGUACAAGAGAGUCUGAAGAGACAUGUGGCUGCUAUUAACAGACUAGCAGAUAAGGGCAUGUUUUUUUGGGAUUAUGGCAAUGCUUUUCUCUUGGAAGCUCAAAGGGCUGGUGCUGAUGUUGAGAAAAAAGGAGCCAAUAAAACAGAAUUUCGAUAUCCUUCCUACGUUCAGCACAUCAUGGGGGACAUUUUUUCCCUGGGAUUUGGGCCAUUCCGCUGGGUUUGUACCUCAGGUGACCCACAGGAUCUUGCUACCACUGAUUCAAUUGCCAUGUCCGUGCUGGAAGACUCUAUACGUCAGGGAGUGAGCACAUCUGUGAAGCAGCAGUACCACGACAACAUCCGCUGGAUUCGGGAAGCUGGCAGGCACAGCUUGGUUGUUGGCUCUCAAGCUAGAAUCUUAUACUCUGAUCAGAGGGGUCGUGUGUCUAUAGCUGUGGCUAUUAAUCGAGCGAUUUCUGAAGGAAGGAUUAAGGCUCCAGUAGUCCUCAGCAGAGAUCACCACGAUGUGAGUGGGACCGACAGUCCUUACAGAGAAACAUCAAACAUUUAUGAUGGAUCAGCCUUUUGUGCAGACAUGGCGGUACAAAAUUUUGUAGGAGAUGCAUUCAGAGGAGCAACCUGGGUUGCAUUGCACAACGGUGGUGGAGUUGGCUGGGGUGAAGUGAUCAAUGGGGGAUUUGGCUUGGUUUUGGAUGGAUCCACAGAGGCUGAAGAACGGGCUAAGAUGAUGCUCAGCUGGGAUGUUUCCAAUGGAGUUGCCAGACGCUGCUGGUCGGGUAAUGACUAUGCGUAUGAAACGAUCUGCCAAGCAAUGAAAGAGAAAGCCACAUUGAAGGUGACUCUCCCUCACAAGGUGGUGGACGAGAACAUCUUGGAGCAAGCCCUGAAACAUUAG